UGUGUAGUUGCGGGAGGAAAUAGGAUCAUAAAUAUUGAAGUGGUACAGGGCAGGAGAGCGGUGCAUGAGAGCAGCAGCAGGAGGGAUAGGACAAGACAAAUUAAGUGCCGGGCUGGUCAGGUAACUGCUUGCGUCUGUAGUGAAGAGAAGGUGUCCGGGAGCGAGGACAGCUGUAGAAUGUCCCGGGAGUGCGCGCGUGCCCCGGGCAUGGUUCUGAGUGACAGCGAGGAGAAGUGCUUCUCCGACCUCUUCUCGUUCGCUUUCCCAGAUGCCGACGCCACGGGCAAAGUUGCCGCAGGAACCAAAGUUGCCGAGUUGUUCCGAGCGACCCAGCUCUCUCCGGAGGCUCUGCACCAGAUCAUGAACCUGUGUGGUGCAAAGAAAUUGGGUUAUUUUGGUCGUGGCCAGUUUACAUUCACUGAACUAAUAGCUGCAGCCCAGUCUGGCCUUCCAGUACACCUAGAAAGUAUUAACAGUGAAUUGCCGCUUCCUCAGUUCUUCGCAUUGAAGAGUGACAGCGAGACAAAAUACAGCAGCCUUUCCCAAAGUGCAGAAGCUCUUGGGCAACUGACUCGUCCAGUCUCAUUAAUGAACUCCCCUAGAGGCACAGACAAUGCAACAGCAAAAACAGUUCUUUCAGGAGUCCAGGAAGGAGCUACAUAUUCACCUGAUGGACGAACCAAUAAGCUAGAGCCUGUGACAGCAGCUGCUUUGCCCUUCACUUCUCCUCCUCCUUCACCUUCAUACCAGAAAAAUCAAGCAGUGAGCCGAGAUGGGAGACAAAGAGUUGCCUUUGAUCAGAAUAAUGCAGUCACUCAUGAAAGAAGCUCAACUGCAGAUUCAGUCGUAUAUCCAGAUGGACAAUCCCAAGGGAACUAUGAACCUAAGCCUUCAGUUCCAUAUUCACUUUAUGCCCAGAAACAAACAUCUGUCCAACUACCAGAUCAAGAACCAAAGGAAGAUCCUUCAGACUACACAGAUGACCCCUGGAGGAUAACUGAGGAACAACGAGAGUAUUACUUCAAUCAGUUUAAAUCUCUGCAGCCUGAUAUGAAAUCCCUUAUUUCGGGGUCUGUCGCUAAGGAUCUCUUCACCAAGUCAAAGCUUCCUAUCCGAGAACUUUCUCACAUAUGGGAGCUCUCUGACGUGGAUUGUGAUGGAGCUUUAACACUAUAUGAGUUCUAUGCUGCCUUUCACCUCGUUGUAGCCAGGAAGAAUGGUUAUUCAUUGCCGGCCACACUCCCAGAGACCCUGCUGCCUGAAUAUUUACAAAGGAAUGAAGUACCUCCAGCGUUGAUGUACAAAGAUAUAUGUUUGUGUUCCCAUGGCAACUUGGCUAUUGAAUCUCAACCAGUACAACAGCAAUGGGCCAACUGGAGCCACAGUGAGGAAAAUGUUGCAGCUGAACCAGUGCCUGAUAUGUUACCUGCCAGUACCCUUCAGCAACCAGAACUGCAGUUCUUCAAGGACAAUUCAGAUUUAAGUCUAAGCAGAAAUGCGACUUCCAAACAAAUACCAGAAAAAUGCCAAACUACUGAAGAUGCAUUCAGCUUAUCUCAAGCAGGUUGUCGAGAACUGGAAUCCAGCCAGAAAAGGAAAACAAGACCCAGAUCAUACUCAAGUACCUCUGCUGAAAAUGCUAUUAAGAAAGAAGUGCCUCCUACACCACCACCAAGGCUUCCAAAGACACAUUCCAGAGCAUCUUCUCUGGACCUUAAUAAACUUUUUCAGCAAGGUAAUCAAGUGGCAACAUCUGCUUGGUUACAGCCACCUCCUGCUAUCCCACCACGACCUCCGACUGCCAAGACUGCUCCCUUUCCUGCUAAGGCAGAGGUCAAUAACCUGCCUGCCAAACCACAAGAGAAGAUCCAGCAGCCGAAUUUUGCAGAUUUCAGCAAGUUCAGUGAGCAGGCAAGUAAAGGACCAUUGACAGAAUUAUACACUCAGGUGAACAAAUCAAGCAGUCUUGGAGAAGAAAAUAGUUCUCCUGUUAAGGACGCGUCACAUCGCCAGCCUCCAUUGAAACCUCUUCGCAGAAAGCUUCGACUGAAAGACCAGGGGGAGAGCCAGGAGCAGUUACCCCAGCGGAUCACAGCUUCCGGACCAAAUGCCAGACCACACCAACAACUGCAAAAAAUAUCAUCCAAGCAGAAAAAAGCCAUUCAGACAGCGAUCCGUAAAAACAAGGAAGCCAAUAUGAUCCUGGUCAGGUUGAACGGCGAGUUGCAGCAACAGUUCAAGGAUGUUCGCAAAGAGCGGAUUGCACUGGAGUCACAGUUGGAGCACCUUCGACCAGUCCCUCACACGUGACUUCACCUUCCAGCUAGUAACUCUAAUGGGAGCUCAAAUGUGAGGAUAAUGUACUGUACAUAUUGAAAUUCUGAUAGGAACAGGGCAAGUGAAAGCAUAACAGGGCCAAUAUGACACAAAGACCUCUCAAUGCUGUCAUUUUUACAACAAUGUGCUUGAACACAAAAAUAGGAACAUUUAUACAAUGCAAACACUAAUAUUUGAAGUUAAAGGUCCAUUUGUUUAAAGCACAAUCUGAUCUGGCCAUCUUGUGUGAUAAGUAGUAAUAGAGCAAAUCUUUUCCAUGGUUAAUAUUGGCCCCCUUUCAAAGCACAAUAUGUGUUUGGCUCCCUUUGCAUGUAUUGUAAACCCAAAGGCAAUUUAAAUGAGAAGGAAGACAAAUAUAAUUAUCUAAGAUUUUGUUGAAGCAUAUUUUUCACAUUUCCCGUACCUUGAGAUGUUAUUGAUCACCUAAGAUCUGGAAAUACGAUCCACAUCUUCCUCUCUCCCAAUCCCAACAUCUGUUGCAUUUUUUGACAUUUUUGUCAUUUUUCAUAUUUCAGUAUUCAUUAACUAAAUGGAAAAUUGUGCUGAAGAUAGCAUUUUUUCUACAGAAAUGUUCAGUGAAGAUAAUAUGAACCUAAGUGGGUAUUCUUUUUUUCUAAAUGUUCCAUACGUUUUAUAUUUUUCCUAAAUUUGGCUUUACCUUUUUGAGGUUGAACAUUCAAUGUUUGAGCAGCUGUAUGCUAGAGCAAUAAUGUACGUCUUGUAGCUGUAGUUUAAAGUUCUGUCCUAUUCACACCUGGACUCAUGGCUAUGUAGACAAAAUAACAGAAGAAUUUUAUACAAUGAGAGAGAGACUUUCUGGGAAUGCAAUGCUCAAUUUAAUCCCUGACAUACUGGGGUUCAAUGGUUCUUUUGAUGGUCACGUUUGUAUAGAUAUUUUCAUAUGUUUGCCUUGUGUUAAUGUGCAAUAUUUGUAUUCUGGUUAUAUUAAUGUGGAGUGUUUAUUUAAAUAGAGAUGUCAGAGGUUGUAGAACACCUUUCAUUCUGAAUAGCAGCUAGUGCUACUGCUUGAUAAAUGAUUUUGGGGUUGGUGGUACAGUGUUAAUCUGCAAAUAUUUCUGAAUCUGCCAUACACCUGCAUGUAUUCAGUAGGUGAUGCUUCCAAAUGGCACUGUGCAUAGUCUUCUGCCUGUUUUGGAUGGCAUCUAGCUUGGGAUUGCCAGGAAUCCAACCUGAGCCAGGCUAUCUGGAAACUCUAGACUUCACCUUUCCCGGGUGACCUCCUUCUUUCUACCCCUGAUAACCUAAAACUCUGUUGCCUUUAUUCUAACUUCCAGCAAGUCACAUCCACCCAUCAUACUUUUUCCCACUGACCUACACUGACUUCUGUUUGAGUAAAGCCUCAUUAAACUUCUCACCCUUGUUUUUAAAUCGCACCAGUGUCCUUGGCUCCCCACUGUGUCUAAUCUCCAACCUUGUAACCCUCCAACAUAUCUCUAGUUCUCAAUUCUGACAGAUUGAUCACCCCAGUUUUUAAUUGCUCCACUAUUGGCAACAACGCCUUCAGUUGUCAAGGUCCUGCACUCAGAAUUUCCCUCCCAAACUGCUGCCUCACUUUCAUCCUUUAAGGCUCUACUAAAAACUUACCUCUUUGUCCAAGCUUUUGGUCAUCCCGAUGUUUCUUUAUUUGGCUCUUUUUUGACAUUGCUCCUUUGAAGCUCCUUUGCUUGAAUUGCUCCUUUGUCACUUUUGCUAUGUUAAAGGGGCUACAUCAAUACAAAUUGUGUGAGGCAAAUGAUACUAAGUUAGAUAUCUUGCAUUGGCCAAAAUCAGAAAUGGGCUGCCUCUUGCAUCAAGUGCACAAAACACUAACUAACCUGCAGUAUACUUUUAUGCAAAUUAUUUCCUCAAAAUGCAUAUAUCAGGUAUGUUUAUUUAAAUCUUGUGCUUGUGUACUGCAGAAUAACAUAUUUGAAGAGAAAUAGAUGUUGAGGUUCAGUGCCUCACCUUUUGAACUCUCAGUAGUAUUGUUCAAAACUAUUGGGUGUUGCUCCCAUAAGGAACACUGCUCGCCAGAAUUCUACUACCCCAUUAGAAAUAUGCUACAGCAUUAUUUCUCAGUAACUGAAUGACCAUACUCAGUUACCUCACCACAUUUGACUGUGAUCAUGUAUUAACACGGAGGAUCUGAAUGUUGACAUCCAGCAAGCAACACAAAGGGACUCCUAAUGGAUAAUUCAUGACAUCACCGGAACCCUUUAUUGCUGCCCUGCAGUUACUGCCAGACAUCCAUUGUUCUCUGUUUUAUUUGAACAGUCCUUCAAAUCUGUCAUGUAGUUAUUAUACAUCUACUGUUUCAUACACCCCAAUCUAACAAUCUGCAUACUUUCUCAUAACCUACUGAAGGAAUAGACUUUCUGCUUUGUGCUGCUGUAAUAUUGUUUUAUAAUAAAUGUACCGUAACAUGUUGAGAAGUGCUUGGUGCAUAGCAAUUCUAGCACAAACUAUCCAUUUGCUAAAUGGUCACACGCAAGUGUCUCUACCUCUCAGAUACAAUUUCA